AUGAUGAGCCAAGAGGACGUUCCGUUUGAGGUUGUUGCGGUUCAGGCCUAUGAGCCUCAAUUUACUGCAGAUUUGAAGAUUUCGAAAGGUGAUAAGAUCACCGUCUUGUAUGUGGAGGAUGAUCGUUGGUAUUAUGGCAGAUAUGUUGAUAAAGAUGGGUUCACUAAUAGUGGUAUCUUUCCCAGUAGCCAUGUUAAGGUAAUUGAAGGCAAAGAUGGUAAAAGUGCUUCUGACGCGGCUGAUCACGUGGUCGUGGGUUGCUGUGGUGAAGUAGAUCCAGUGUUGGAUAUCUUUGUAGAGGUUCCCAAGGAACACUAUGACUUGACAGAAGGUGUUGACGCGACCACUGUGGUUAAUGAGAAUGGUCCGAUAAUCACUAUACACAAGUUCUCUCAAACCCCAGAUUCCGACAAGGAAAAGAGUAUAGAGUUGGAGAUUAGGUCGAGCGUCAAGCAGAAAUAUUAUGAAUUUCAUGAGCAAUUCCCAAGAACUAUCUCAAAAAUCAAUAGGAAUUUGAAACAGAUCGGUUCUGAAAGUGGGAUUUCAGUGGAAUUGGAGAAUGGUGAACAUUCAAAUCCCUUCCAAGUGUCUGAAUCUACCUUUAUGAAGGAUCCAACUAAUGAUAAUGACUUUGAUGAUAAUGACUACAAGAAAAAUGAGCUCGAACCAACAGUUGCCACUACGACAGAUGAUCCAGCGAGUAAGAGUGUAAAGAGAGAUAUAGCUGGGCUUGCGGGCAAUUGGGAUCUCAUUCCACCGCCAAAUAAAAAUCGUGCAGAAGUUACUAAAAGUGAAAAUAGCAUGAUUCAAAAGUUCGAUGCACUUGAACUGGAUGAAGAUCAGAUUAGAGAAAUUGACGCGAGGCCUCCCUCAGAUAGACCUGAUGAAGUUCAAGCACCAAGACCAGUAAGAAUCCCACCACUUCUAUUUGACGGCGAUGUGACCUUCAGUGAAGAUGAGGAAUAUGAAGAAUAUGAAGAGGACGAGGAUGAAGAUUUUGACCAAGUAUAUGAACUAGAAGAGAAAACUACCGAAGAACACGAGAUUUUUUAUGAAACCACUGAAUCUUUUCUAGAGUCACCAUUGGAAAAUGAUAGUCUAGCUUUAGAACAAGCUAUUAAAAUCCCCGUUAUUUACUCUUCUUCAUGGACAAAAUUUCAACAUCAGUCUGAAAGUGUCAAGUACAAGAUAAAUACCGAAACACUUGAUCAGAUUAAACACUCUGGCGAUAAAAACUAUAAUUUCCAUAAUGACACUGUUCAAACCGAUACAAGUGGGUAUUCAUUUCGAGAAACUGAUCAAUUCAUAUCGCCUACUACCAUUUCUUCCUAUAGCGAUUCAUCGGGUGCCUCAAGUAACAAGUCACUAGCGAGCAGCUUGGGAUCGAAGAUGAAGUUUGAUUCCAAUGAUCUGUGGUGGAUAAACAAGGAAGUUCCACCAAGUGUCAUAAAAUCGACUAAAAAAUUCAUACUUGAGAUUGAAGAGAGGGAAGUCGAGAAAAGACUUGGAAUUAUCCACAUUGAAAGGGAUUUCUAUUUCCUUUUUGAUGAUUUUUCGCAAUUGAUCAUAUCUGUUGGAUUUGACAAGACUAACGCUAGAGAUACAGUGAUUUUCAAAGAGAAGAGCAUACCUGCCAAAGUCAACAAUGAACUUCUGGAGUACUACUCUGAAGAAAUCGGGGAGAAGAUAUGGGAAAGGUCACAAUUGCUGUUGAAUUCUUUUGAUUCCAACUUUGUUAAAAGUUUGAUUUCAAGUUUCAAAGAUCAUAUAGUGACACCUGUUGGCGGGAACACAUUUGGAAUAUGCCUUGUAUCUUACAAAGCGGGUACCAAGUUGCCAUUGGUAGAUUUAGGGAAGAUUAGACCUGGUGAUAUAGUAGUGGUACGAAGUGGUGUCCACACAAGCACAAGUAGUAAGAAAAGAAGUGCUGGGACCAAGAAGACAGAAAACGGUGAAACCCGUUAUGCAGUUGCCUAUGAAUAUAAUUUUUACCACAAUGAGUUAGCUGUCAUCGAAAGCAACAAAUCAGGAAGAAUAGUUCAAACUACGUAUAAAUUAGAUACUUUUAAAGCUGGAUUUUGUAAAGUGUAUAGAGUAGUUGGACGUGACUACAUUGGAUGGUAA